GUAUAGAUCACGGAUUAAUCCGAUAAAAACAGUUGGAGAGGAUAACACAGCUAAUGCUUGCUUAGUAGCGUCAUCUAGAUACACCAAUAAAGAAGACCCGGAGAACCAAUAGCGAAUACAAGUGCAUCGACAUACCAUAAGUAGGAUGGCUUCAUUCUUUGGGACAAUCACCAAUCUCUUUGCAUCCAUCAACCCAUUUGAUACACGGAUUUCGACCCCUGCUUCUCGUUUGUUCGCUCGAGCAGCCCCUUCCACAUUGGUCCUUCUCAUCGGCCUUGAUGAAUCUGGGAAGUCUACAUUGCUGCGAGAGUACCUUUCCCCACGACCCGAGAGCGUGCAUACACUCAUUACUGAGCGCCAUAUCAUCUUAGAAGAGCUGCAGGCGGGACCAACCACCUUCCAGGCAUACGAUAUCGGUGGCUGUCGGCCAGACUUCUUCUGGUGGUUCGAGGAAGGACUUUUCAAGCGAGCGGACGCCGUGAUAUACUUGGUUGAUGCUGCAGAUCGCGACAGAAUAAUGGAAGCAAGAGAAGAGCUGAUUAUGCAUGGGCUGCAAGCCAACAAUGGAGGGAUGCGGCGGGGCGUUCCUCUGUUGGUCCUAGUGACGAAGACAGAGCUUGAAAACGCGAGACGACCAGAUCAGAUUGAAACCUACUUCAUCGACAACAUAAUAACGUCGAUCGGCGAUCGACCGACUAAGGUUGCAGGUGUCAAUCUCACGACGGGAAAGGGUGUUCUAGAUGCGCUAUCUUGGAUAAGCAAUACGUUGCUAAAUGGACCGCAAUCUAUUGUUGAAAGUGAAAAGGCUGCACUCACCGAGAAGUCUGAAAUACUUCGAGAUUCUCGGAGAAUUACCUGAUUGAGCUCUCAAACCUAGCCUGCUGGCUCAUUCAUUCGAGUACUAUCGAUAGAUUCACCCGUCCGAGCCUUCGAAAACCAAUUGCCGUCUUAGCGCAGAUAUCGUUCGCGAGUAAUCAAGGAGGCUACUAGAGAAAAGACACCGU